CCUCGCAUCCCCGGCCCCGCGCGCGCCCAGCAGAAGCGGGGCUGUUGUGUGCGUGCGUGCGAGUGAGUGAGUGUGUGCAUAUUUUUUUCCUCUUUUCUUUCUCUCUCACUAUUUUUUUUUCUGUCUCUCUCGCGCGCUCUCCUCUCUCUCGCUUGCUUUUUUUUUUUUUUUUUUUUUUUUUUUUUUUUUUGCGAAGAAACAGCAGCGCCGCCGCCGCUCCGCCGAGGCGCUGCGCCCCCCGGGGGGAGGCGGAGGAGGCGGGCAGCGGCGGAGGGAGGGGAGCGGGGAGGGGGCGCCGCGCUGGGAGGGAGGCAGCGCGCACCGUGCAGCCGGGCCGGGCGGGAGGCAUGGCGGGGCCCCCGGCCCUACCCCCGCCGGAGACGGCGGCGGCCGCCACCACGGCGGCCGCCGCCUCGUCGUCCGCCGCUUCCCCGCACUACCAAGAGUGGAUUCUGGACACCAUCGACUCGCUGCGCUCGCGCAAGGCGCGGCCGGACCUGGAGCGCAUCUGCCGGAUGGUGCGGCGGCGGCACGGCCCGGAGCCGGAGCGCACGCGCGCGGAGCUCGAGAAACUGAUCCAGCAGCGCGCCGUGCUCCGGGUCAGCUACAAGGGGAGCAUCUCGUACCGCAACGCGGCGCGCGUCCAGCCGCCCCGCCGCGGAGCCACCCCACCCGCCCCGCCGCGCGUCCCCCGCGGGGGCCCCGCCGCGCCGCCGCCCACGCCCGCCCCGCCGCCCGCGCCCGUCGCCGCCCCGACCCGGGCGCCCCGCGCGGCCGCCGCCACAGCGCCCCCUUCUCCCGGCCCCGCGCAACCGGGUCCCCGGGCGCAGCGGGCCGCGCCCCUGGCCGCGCCGCCACCAGCGCCCGCCGCGCCCCCGGCCGCGGCGCCCCCAGCCGGCCCGCGCCGUGCACCGCCGCCCGCCGUCGCCGCCCGGGAGCCGCCGGCGCCGCCACAGCAGCAGCAGCCGCCACCGCCGCAGCCACAGCCGCCGCCGGAGGGGGGCGCGGCGCGGGCGGGCGGCCCGGCGCGGCCCGUGAGCCUGCGGGAAGUCGUGCGCUACCUCGGGGGCAGUGGCGGCGCCAGCGGCCGCCUCACCCGCGGCCGCGUGCAGGGGCUGCUGGAAGAGGAAGCGGCGCGAGGCCGUCUGGAGCGCACCCGCCUGGGAGCGCUCGCGCUACCCCGCGGAGACAGGCCGGGACGAGCGCCGCCGGCCGCUAGCGCACGCGCGGCGCGGAGCAAGAGAGGUGGAGAAGAACGGGUGUUUGAGAAAGAAGAGGAAGAUGAUGAUGAAGAGGAGGAGGAGGAAGAGGAGGACAAUGUAUCUGAGGGCUCAGAAGUGCCCGAGAGUGACCGCCCCGCAGGUGCUCAGCACCACCAGAUUAAUGGAGAGCGGGGCCCUCCGAGUGCUAAGGAGAGGGUCAAGGAGUGGUCGCCCUGUGGACCCUACCAGGGCCAGGAUGAAGGGCGGGGACCAGCACCUGGCAGCUGCACACGCCAGGUGUUCUCGAUGACAGCUACGAAUAAAGAAGGGGGAUCAGCUUGUGUUGCAGCUGCUCCAGAUUCUCCAUCUCCUGUGCCUUUGCCUCCAGGAAAACCAGCCCUACCUGGGACUGAUGGGACCCCUUUUGGCUGUCCUUCUGGGCGCAAGGAGAAGCCAACGGACCCUGUGGAGUGGACAGUCAUGGAUGUGGUGGAGUACUUCACCGAGGCAGGCUUCCCAGAGCAGGCUACUGCUUUUCAAGAGCAGGAAAUUGAUGGCAAGUCUUUGUUGCUCAUGCAACGGACAGAUGUGCUCACUGGUCUGUCCAUCCGCCUGGGCCCAGCCCUGAAGAUCUACGAGCACCACAUCAAGGUGCUUCAGCAAGGCCACUUUGAGGACGAUGAUCCUGAUGGCCUUCUAGGCUGAGCGCCCGGCCUUGUCCCCACCCCAACCAGUCCAGAGUCCACCCAUGGUGGCCCCAUCGUCCAGAAGCUGGACAUGGGGACACUCGACCUUCCUAACAGACUCCAGUGAGGGGAUGCCCUUCUCCAUUUGCCCUUUUCUCACACCCCUGACCUUAGUUCACCCCUCUCCACAGCAGUGGAGUGUGGGGUAGGAGGACUUGGUUGGCUCAUUUACCAGGGGUCACCCUUUCUCCCCAAACCAGGACAUUUUUGAAAAACAAAAAACAGGGGAGCUUCCUGUGGCCCCAAACCCCUCUUCAGUUCAGCCAGAUGUAUCUUAUAUGUGUUUUGUUCUGCCUAUUCAUCCUGGUGGUGGUUUUUCCUCGUCCCACCACCCCCAUGUCCUCCCCAUUGACCCCCAGCUUUUGGGGAACAGGUGAGGUAAGGGACCUUGGGUCCUCUUCUUCCCUUUCUGUCUGUCUACUAUUGUUCCACCUGGCUGUAUUGCUUUUUAAUAUUGCACCGAAGGUUUUUUAAAUAAAACUUUAAAAAAA